CAUUUGAGUUUGACCCCAGCCCAACCCACCCAACCCAUCAUCCAUGAGACCGAGUCCCUCCUCCGCUCUCCCCCCUCCGCCUCUCACCUGAAUUCGCCGCCUCCGACUAAGAUGGCCGCCGUCGAGCUCGCCUCUGUCUUGCACUUCCUCAGGAUCAACGGCCUCUCCGAGUGCGAGUCAGCGCUCAUGGAGGAUGUCAGGGAUAACUCUCCCCUCGGUUCUUCCGAUUCCGACAAGUUCCUCUCCCCCAUGGCGCCGCCACCGCCGCCGCUCAGAAUUCCGCCGCGGGAGGUUCCGGAUGCCGGCGGCGAGAGCUCCAAGAACUCGUCGGAAGAUGAGUUUGUUAGCCUGGGCUCAUCCACUACUGAUUUGUGCUCUUCUGAUUUUACAAACCCGUAUGGCGUUCGGACAUCUCGUCCAAUGUCUCAGGCUUCAUCAUCGGAUCGGAUGUCUCAGUUCGGGACAGCUCGGGACUACCCUGAUUUCGAUAUGCAGAAUGAUCUUUUCUGGUACAAGGAGAACGACGCCGACUAUUACUCAAUGCUGCCCCCGUUCAGCGCCGCCGUCGGUGAUACCGAUGGUUUCCCGAGCGAAGAUAAGCACAUCACCGGCGUGCAAAAGGGGGCGGGGGCUUCAAGGGGAAACUCGACAGGCAAGACCUUGGAAGAUUACCCCAAGUGGGACCAUCAGUCUCAGCUCACAAAAGGCGGCGGCGGCGACGACGAGUGCCGGGACCACCGUAUCGGUUAUAGCUGUUUGGAUCCGCUGUGUGCGUGCUGUGGCAGCACCGGAAGGGUCUAUGCGGACGAUCCUGUGGUCUUUGAUUUCGAGACUCAGAAAUUGGGUGACAACCUCUUCGCCGGAACCAAUUGUACAUAUGAUUGGCAGGGAGGUUUCGAAGAUACCCUUGGCUCCCAAAGUGUCGACAAAGAUGAUCCUUCCAGCAAGAACGAUGAAGUGAUUCCCCAAGAACCCAAUGAGCCGGGAAACAAGGAAGGUAGCAGUGUCAUUGAUGAGCUUUCGAUAUACGACGCCAAGGACGAAGGCUACGAGAUCUUCCACCUGAGAAUCAUACAUAGGAAGAAUCGAACGGGUUUUGAGGAGAACAAAGAGUUCCCGAUCGUGAUGAAUAGCAUUGUGGCUGGGAGAUAUUAUGUCACGGAAUUCCUCGGGUCUGCUGCUUUCAGCAAGGUCGUUCAGGCACACGAUCUCUGCGCGGGACAGGACGUAUGCCUGAAGAUCAUAAAGAACGACAAGGACUUCUUCGACCAGAGCCUGGAUGAGAUUAAGCUUCUUAAAUUCGUAAACAAGCACGAUCCUGUCGACAAGUACCACAUUCUGCGACUUUAUGAUUACUUCUACUACCAGGUAUGCCUAAACAAAAAGGAGCACCUGUUUAUUGUGACCGAGCUGCUGCGGGCAAACUUGUAUGAAUUUGAGAAAUACAACCGGGAAUCUGGAGGGGAGCCGUACUUCACGAUUAGCCGGCUGCAGGUCAUAGCGCGGCAGUGUUUGGAGGCGCUGAUGUAUCUGCAUGACCUGGGAAUCAUCCACUGCGAUCUGAAGCCGGAAAACAUCCUCAUCAAGAGUUACCGGAAGUGCGAGAUAAAGGUGAUUGAUCUUGGCAGCAGUUGUUUUCAGACAGACAGCUUAACACUGUACGUGCAGUCGCGUUCCUACCGGGCUCCUGAGGUUAUGUUAGGCCUUCCGUAUGACCCGAAAAUUGACAUUUGGUCCUUGGGGUGCAUCCUGGCAGAAUUGUGCUCCGGAGAGCAGGUGCUUUUCCCGAACGAAGCAGUGGUGAUGAUUCUUGCGCGCAUCAUAGGGAUCCUCGGACCCAUCGACCGGGACAUGCUGCUCCAUGGCCAAGAGACGGACAAGUAUUUCACAGAGGAGUAUGAUCUUUAUCACAUAACCGAGGGGAUGGAGGAGGUUGAGUACAUUGUCCCGGAGCAGUCCUCGUUGGAGCAUCAGCUAGGGGUAGGGGUAUCUGACCCCGGUCUCAUCGAUUUCUUGAAGUACUUGCUUGAGACGAAUCCGGAGCGACGCCCGACUGCCAAGGAGGCGCUGCAGCAUCCUUGGCUGGCUCAAGUAACCAAGUAAGGAGGAGGAGGAGGAGGGCAAUGAAUGGCUCCCUGUCCUGUCCUGUUCUAUAGAGUGUAAAGUGAAGGCUGAGUUUUGAAGCGUGUGGUGUUUGCCAAAUCAUGGCCGGCCUUCUUAAGGUUUUGUGUACAUUCCAUUCCCUUCCCUUCCCUUCGUUCAUUCCCCAGCUAGCUUGCUUGCUUGAUUUUCUUACACAUGUAUGUAUACAUAAUACUGCGUACAUAAUUUGUUCAUAAUAUCUCUUUAUUAUCAGCAUUACCAAAUUAAAGGAUUCUUUCUUUAAUUGGUGGGUGUAUAA